AUGUUGGCUUGUAAACCCGCCUCAACUCCUAUAGAGGUUAGUCACCAACUCACUCAUAACACAGGUGAACUUCUUGCAGACCCUUCCACAUAUAGACGACUCGUCGGUCGCUUGCUCUACCUCACAGUCACUCGGCCAGACAUCACUUAUGCAGUUAAUCUCCUUUCGCAAUUCAUGUCAGCACCACGUGACAUGCAUUGGCAAGCCGCGCUUAGGGUCGUGCGUUAUCUCAAAAAUUCACCAGAUCUUGGCAUUCUUUUAUCUACACAUAGUUCUUUAAAGUUACAUGCCUAUUGUGAUGCUGAUUGGGCUUCAUGUCCAACCACACGACGCUCAACUACGGGAUACUGCACUUUUCUAGGAACAAGUCCCCUAUCCUGGCGAACAAAGAAGCAAACAACAGUAUCACGAUCCUCUGCUGAAGCUGAAUAUCGUGCCAUGGCCUAUGCAGCUAGUGAAAUCACUUGGCUUCAAUUACUCCUAUCAGAAUUAGAUAUACCAGUUCAUCCUGCACAAUUGCAUUGUGACAAUCAAGUGGAAAUCGACUGUCAUUUCGUACGAGAGAAAAUUAAUGACGGCACACUACGCACUACUUUCGUUCCAUCUAAUCAACAACUAGCCGACAUAUUUACGAAGAGCCUCCUUCCUCAACCGUUCGACGCCAUCACUUCCAAGCUCAUGUACCACCCUUGA